GUUAUCCACAGCGGUACCAUUCAAGAUUCAUUCUGUGCAAGUCUGUCAAGCAAGCUUGGGAACUGCACUGCAGAGUGUCCGGGUAUAGCAACGUUCUUUUUAGCAGAACACUUGCAGCAUAGAUCAUAGCUGUACUAAAUAACAAACGCUAGUAAAACAUCGGUUCGGGGCUUGGCGCUAAAUGGGCGAGCUUGCAACGGCGGAAGCUCCUCCGGCCGCACCUGCAGACCGAAGUCAUUAUGUGUUUCUCAGCGGAGCGCUGUCGGGGAUUGUGGAAGGUCUGAGUAUACAGCCCCUGGAGCUGUUGAAGACCCGGUUUCAGAUCAACCCGGGCCAGCCGCUUCAGCUGCUGCCCACCAUACGAGACGUGCUGCGCGAGGGCGGCUUCCUGCAGUUCUACCGGGGGGGCCUGCCAGAGAUAGUGGGCCUCAUCCCGCGCGCCACCGCCGCUCUAUCCACACUGGAGUUCAGCCAGCGCGAGCUGCGGCGCGCCAAUGGCGGAGUGCUCAGCGGCGCGGGCGGCUACCUGAGUGGGGCGCUCAGCGGCGUGAGCGAGGGUCUGGCGUUCCAGCCCUUCCAGGUCAUCAAGGUUCGUCUGAUGGCGAAAGAGCACCUCGGCCGCUACCGCAACAGCUGGGACUGCCUGGGCCGGGUGCUGCGGGAGGAGGGUCCGGCCGCCCUCACGGCGGGGCUGGGGCCCACCAUGUGGCGCAACACCAUUUGGAACGCCGCCUACUACGGCACCAUGCACCAGCUGUCAGACGCCGGGGGGCUGUUGACGCCCAUUGAGAACCCCGUGCUGGCGGUGGCGAGGACCAUCGUGGUGGGCACGGGGGUGGGCAUGAUGGCCACUUGCUUCAACGCGCCCUUCGACGUGGUGAAGAGCCGCUUCCAGGCGCUGCUGCCCGAGGACCGGGUGGCGCGCGGCUACACCAGCACACUGGCCACGUUGCGGCGCAUUUACGUGGAGGAGGGGCCACGGGCGCUGUACAAGGGCUUCGUGCCCAAGGCGUUGAGGCUGGGCAUCGGGCAGACGAUUGGGUUGCUGGUCUUCCAAAACAGCAUUCGCUUCUUCGGUGCCGAGGACGCCAGCGCCGCCUAAAAGCUGAUGCUACUGCUUGCCACUCGCCAAUACUGCUCGUCAAUACCGGCACUGAUUGCCAGCACGGUGCCUUGCUUGAUAUGGGGCCGCACAUGCGGUUGCUGAGUGCGCACUGCGCAUCUUGUCCACUGCCGCUCAGCCAGCCGGCGCGCACUGCGCACACUAGAGGCAGCUGUCGACGUGAAGUGCUUGCGCGCCUUUGCGUUGGACUGCACCAGGCUUACUGCUCAACUAAAUUUAUCUGAAUUGUGAUCUGGCUUAUGUCUUGGGCGAGGACUAGAGGAGAGUGAGGGAAUUGAAAGGCGUUGGAGGACGCAGGGACAGCGCCGCGCCGCACGACCCCUGUUGUCGUUCUGUAUGUUUCGAGUCAUGAGGCAUCCGGCCUGAGCAACCAGAAGGCGCCAGGGCUUGAGGAGUCCGAGGAGAGAUGAGGGAGCGGUUCAAACCCCGGCCAUCCGGUCCUAGGUCCGUGAUGUCAAGGCCCUCCAGGCCAGGUUUGUUCAGCGCUUUUCGCCUGCAGAAGGCGUAAAGCAUGGACACUACUUUAAUACGGCGUGCAGACAUGGGGAGUCUGCCGAGAGCCACACGUGCCGCCCCGCCCCACGGAUGAACCCCAUGCGUGCGAAGUACACUUUUGAACCCACGGCGUUGGUCGGCAAUGGUGGCAACUUACUGUUAUUUGUACGAGGCUGUUCACCAUGGUAAAUGCUCUCGCAAUGACUGGCUGCUUGGAACCAUGCCUCCAUGUGCCGAACCAACACUUGUGCCGGCGCGCUUGCGGGGACGGCAUCAGGAAAAAGAUGGGGACUGUGGGAAGGAUCGUGACACACAUCUAUGCAGUCUGGCCUGGGCGCCGAUGGGCUGUAACCUGGCUUGGAG